AUGUCAACAACAAGAAGCAACACCGCUGCCUCCACUGCUACAUCGUCGACGCUGCCACCACCCGCUGCAGCCAUGAUAGUGUCUGGCCCUUUUGAAGAGGUUACACCACCUGUCUCUCUCCGUUGGGACUAUGUCGUAGUCAAUAGGCUACCCAAGGGAUUAAGUUCCGUAGGCAUUAAGGAUAUUCUAGAUGCAAUGCAGUUUAGAUAA